CCACGUCACUUACAUCUCACAACUCAGCAACCCACAUCCAAGUCAGUUCAAGUUCACACGUUUGCGUUCUUGGCGUUCUCGUGUCAUAACCUAAGUGAUCUGUCACUCGAAAUCCGAUAAUAAUCGAUGAAUGAGACGUUCACGCAGAUGACAAAUUAUCUGAAUAUUUUCUCAUAAAUAAGUUUAACAAAAUGCAUUGGACAUUGUGCGCAUUGAUAAUUGGAUCGUUCGGAUGCAAAUAUAUUCAUGCUCAAGCGCAAAGAGUCGCGCCGGGUGUACCGCCUCAGCAUUAUCAGCAGCCUGUUCACCACGUACCGCAACAACAUAUGCAACAAAUUCCACAACAGCAACAAUAUCAACAAGUACCCGUACAACAACAAGUACCUGUCCAGCAAAUGCCAGUGCAACAACAGGUCCCUGUCCAGCAAGUCCCGGUACAACAACAGGUCCCUGUCCAGCAAGUACCAAUGCAACAGGUGCCCAUGCAACAAGUACCAAUUCAACAGCAACCUCAGGUUCAACAAGGACAUGGACAUGUACAUGGUCAUGGACAAUCUCAAAUACUUAAUACUGCCAAUAUAGCUCAUGAAAAAGAACAUAUUGCAGAGCAUGCCGACGUUCCACUAGAUACCAACAAGAUGACAGAGCAGGAGUUGCAGUUUCACUAUUUUAAAAUGCAUGAUGCAGAUAAUAAUAAUAAAUUAGAUGGUUGCGAACUCAUCAAAUCUCUUAUACAUUGGCAUGAACAAGAUAGUGUGGAAGGUACGCAACGUAACAAGUUGUUCAACGAUGAGGAAUUGGUACAAUUGAUAGAUCCAAUACUUAGCAUGGAUGAUUCUAACAACGAUGGCUACAUUGACUAUCCUGAAUUUAUACAAGCCCAACAGAACGCUGCAGCAGUUAACGUGCGUCCAUAAUAGUGAAUCUCUCAUAACUUGGUAUAAACUUUCAUUAAAAAUAAAAUGUAUAAAAGUUGUCUAUGGAGAAAAUCUUUAUUAUUAUUAUGGAUGUUUCUUCAAUAAUACAAUAUUGACAUUGUGUUGUUUAUACAAUAAGCCGAGAUUUAUUAUUUGUGAGAUUUAUUUUUCAUUAAUUUAAUCAGUAUAUAUGGAAUAUAAGGGAAGAGAAAAGCAUAAUAUCGUAAGAUAUUGUAUAAUUAAAAGAUAAUUUAGAGAUAUGUGGAACUCUUCCUUUUGAUUACUUUUUUAAUGUUUCAUAAGAGAUUAAUUUGAUAAAAAAUGAAAAUGUCUAUGACAUAUUUGUUUGUAAGAUAGUUUUGUAAUGUGUUCUAAUGUUAUUAAAUUGGAUUUAAGAUAUA